AUGGAUGGUCUCAAUCCCGAUGAUAAGAGAGUUGGGGCAGUGAUGGACCAGCAUCGCUUGUCCAUGCGAGGUGCCUGCGGCUUCGUUAGUCGAGACGUCUGGGGUCCUCGUGAGAAGUCGAUGGGCAAUCCCUGGACACCAACAAAUCCUUCUGGAACAGUCAUACUUCGUCUCGCGAAGAAUAGUCUCAUGCAUGAAGAAGUCGUGGGGUUCAUCGAGGCCAAUACAACAGUCAAGCCCACAGAGCACCUUACGUAUAGCACCGGCCCCCGAGGAUCACGUCAUCGGCGCAACGCGGCGGCUGCCUUUCUGAAUGAGGAAUUCCACCCCAAUUACACCAUCAGUGCUGAGAACCUUUUCGUCACCCCUGGCUUAGCUAGUGCAAUUGACGCACUAGCUUGGGCAGUGUGCAAUGAAGGAGAUGGCAUUCUGAUUCCGCAACCGUUCUAUAAUGGGUUCGGCGUCGAUAUCCUGAAUCGCAGCAAUGCUCGCGUGGUUCCCGUCCCGUACACCGGGGUGGAAGGGUACUCGAGUCUUGAAGAUCUCUUCUGCCCCAACGUCCCCAGUACGGCCUUGGAGGCCACGUUUUGUAAUGCGAAGCAGAAUAGUAUUAAUCCUCGUGCUCUUCUGAUAUCACACCCGCACAAUCCGUUGGGAAGGUGUUAUCCCCGUCAAACUAUACAGGCAUUCGCCACCUUCUGCGGCAUACACAAUCUCCACUUCAUCUCCGAUGAGAUAUAUGCGCAGUCCGUCUUCAACAUCGCAGCUCUCCCGAACGCUGUACCUUUCGUUUCGACACUGACGCUGGACAUCUCGCGACACAUGAAUCCGGCCAUGGCUCACGUCUUAUACGGUGCGAGCAAAGACUUUUGCGCGAAUGGCCUGCGCCUCGGCCUGGUGUGUACCCAGAACGAGGGUGUCCUAGGCGCAAUGUCAAGUAUCAGUAUAUUUUCAUGGUCACCUCAUCUCAUUCAGGAUGUCUGGGCAGCUAUGUUAGCUGACAAGGACUGGCGGACGGGCUUCAUGCACAGGAAGAAACAGCUCAUGGAGGAGCACUACCGCUUAACUACUGCAUUCUUUCAGCAAAACCGGAUACCAUACUGUGUGAGAUACCUCCGCCAUCUGAUUCGACCAACCUCCAAAGGGUUAUACUCCGCGUCGCCAGCAAAUAAAGCCUUGAUAUUAGUAGACUACAAGGAGCGCGAAGUAAAGAUCGCCGAAACCUGUGCCAAGAAUGGGGAGUUUGGCUGGUUCCGCGUCACUUUCACCGUGGGAAACGAAGCCUUGAAAGAAGGCCUUGAGAGGUUACAAAUGUCGAUUAGGGAGAUAGAAGCAAUGGGAGCCUGGUGA